CCCCUGAUAACCUUUAUCACAGGAAGAUAUCUGUGACACUGUCGCGACGUGGGCCACUGUCGGCUUAGCCUGACAAUAAAGAGCAGUUUGGUAUAGAAUAUUCUUCCUUGCUCAGAUACUAUCUACAUGUCAUUGUAUUUGGUUUUAGAAAGUUGAUAAAGUCGAAGAGCACCUGCCAGGAAAAGGCAACAUUUUUACUUAAUCAAACAAAAUUAUGAUGCACAAUCACUCAAUGAUGCAUAUGAAUCACUCCAUGAUGACCCACCCCCCUCAUCAUGGGGGCCAUACUACAAAUUCCCAUGGAGGGCAUGGUGGCCAUAAUAUGAGCAGCCAUGGCGGUCAUGGUGGCACUGGCCACUCUGCUGGUCAUGCUGGGAUGAUGAUGUGGUUUCAUGCAGGCCAUGAUGCAACUGUUCUUUUUAAAACUUGGAAAGUUGACUCAGUAGGAGAUCUUGUGGGGACAAUGAUUGCACUCUUCGUUCUGGCAAUUCUUUAUGAGGGGCUGAAAGUUGGUAGAGAAAUAUUGAAAAGAAAUGCAUCCAAGCCCCUGAUAAUUAGAGAGACUUUUGACUUAAAUGGUGAUACAGGCAAAAAAUGCCCGGAAGCUAUGACGGUUGUGAAAUCCCCCAGGGAAUUGUUGAUGUCUAAGCUACACUUGCUGCAAACUGUUCUUCACAUGCUACAAGUAUUUCUUGGAUAUCUACUCAUGUUAGCAUUUAUGACAUACAAUGUCUGGCUUUGUGUGGCAAUCAUACUUGGUGCUGGCUCUGGCUAUUUCCUUUUUGGUUGGAACAGUGUUGCAAUUUCAAACCUUGGUGACCACUGUUUUUAACUAUCAGUCAAGUCACUUAGUGCAUUGUCUUAGUGUAUAUGUAUAUGUUACUUUUCUUUGGGGUUUCUUAGGUAUUCAUGCAGUUUUAAACUACGUUUUGCAAGUUAUUCGGCUAGUUUUUAGAAUGGAUUCAGUAUCUUUUAUAUGUAGGAAUUUAGCUUAAUAUUUUCUGUGAUUCUUUGAAACUUUAUGUUUCUUUCUGCUGAGAUACAAAACACUGAAGCUGGGAAGCUGAGAUUGUCAAGUUUUAUAAACUAUUCUAGGCUAAGAUGUCUGUAGUUCCAAUGGGCUAUUAUAACAUUCCAUUGGACACAAGCAGGUGAAUAACAGGUUUGUUACAGAUCUUAGUUUAUACCGUGCAGGCAUGGGCAAAAAAUGUCAUAGAAGCUGGUCAUGUGAGAGUUUCAGUGCCCUGGCUCUUUGACUGUUUCAACUUAUAAAGAAUGCUUGUCCUCAAUAAGUCAGCCUUGAACCCUAUCAGUUAUAUCCUAAAUUCAUUGCUAUAACUUUGGUAUAUUCCUUUCUUUUGUAAUAACCCUCAUGGAGGGUUUGGUGCUGGUGCUACAGGUUUGAAUGCCAUUCAGUAUGUACCUAGCCAUACAGUAACAAAUUGGUAAAUAAUGGCCUUUCCUUUCUAGAAAAAAAGGGUUUCAAAAGUGGUCAUAGUAUAUGGCUUUUGAUGUCAAGUUGGGAUAAUAAAUGUAUUUAUAUAAGGUUUAUUGUAAAAGUUUAUAAUUAUUCCUGCUGAAGUAGCCAUCAGUAUAGUGUAAUUUUAUGCUCAAUUUCCACUAGGCGAAUUCUUUCAUGCCAAAUGGAUUUUAGCCUAUGUUUGAAUCUCUGGUAUGAUUCUUACAAAUUUUGCAACAGAAAAAACAAUUCACAGAAUGAUUGUCCAGCUCUUUGUCUGUGGAUCUUUUCUCUUCUGUCACCAAUCCAUUUUUGAUUUGUGACUGAGAACAAGGUGAGUACUUGCGUAGAGAAAAAAAAAUUGCAGCUUGGCUCGUGUGCUGUAAUUCUGAUUUUUACUCACAGGUUUUUCCAGAUAUGUUCCCAAAGAGUCUAUUUGGCAAAACAAAAUUUAUUGGAUUCCUUAGAAAGCAUUCGCCUAUUGGAAGUCAAUCAAUUUAAGUAAUUUGUGAAACAUUAAUUUUGAUUAAAUUACGCUGAUGCUGUAUCUGUAGCUAAAAGAUGCAGCUUGAUUUAUAUUAUGUUGUUAGAGAAUUAUUUACAAAAUUUACCGGAUUUAGAGCAGAAAAAAUGUAUGAAUCUAGACUGG